AUGUUGACACUAUUAUCUCCAUUCAGUUGGAGCCAAUUGCAGUCAUUGUUGUUGCUCAAAAGCCUCUCUUCUGACAGGGUCGAAGGGAUCACCACCAACUUUGAGCGUCACCUUCAAGGCGCAAGAGACAGAGCCAAUGUGAGUGACUCUUUGCAUCUACCAACAGCUCAUCACUGCUAAUGGCAGCCUUUCUACCGCAGUUCCUCUUAG